AUGGAAGAAGUCGACAAUAUCAUCCUCCAUACCCUCAGUCAAAUUGGAUGUGAUCUGGAAGACGAUGUCCAAUCAUUGAAACAAUUCAAUACGGAUAUGAUCGUGCAUGCCGUUGUUCGUUGUCUAAGGGUUAUCCGUAAUAGUGAUGACUACUUACAGUUAAAAUUGCCGUCAAACAUGUCAGCAAGAUUUCGCUUGGCAUCCAGUAUAGCUCAAACUUGUCAGGAACUUGGCUAUCGAAGUGAUAUCGGAUACCAAACCUUAUUGUAUCCUAAUGAUGCCGACGUCAGAAGAUUAUUCAUGUUCCUCGUUGAGAAAUUACCUAAAGUGACUAGUGCAGCGGAUGAUGGCAAUCAAGGAGGAACGUCAUUUAUAACGCAUGAAAUUGCUUCCAAGAUUGAAGCUAGUUUAUCUUUGCCUUGGUUGGCAUCACACUGCAAAACUCAUGGCGCUCGAUGGUAUAGCCAAUCGCAAAAUCAUUGGAUGCGAGAAGGCAAUCAAGAUAGUUGCGUAUUCCAUAAUUGGCCUGUUAUUGCUCCGGAAGGCGUUGGAGAUGUAACGGUGGAUAUUCCAUCUGAAACCAAAAAAUUUUACCAAGAGGUUCUACCCUACGUUACUGAACAACCUCUACGUCGUCGAGAUAUUCCGGCUUCUUUGCUAGCAACAAAUGCAGCUGAUUUAGCUGCAGAGUCAGAAAUGGAUAUUUUAGCCGAAAAGAAUUUUAAAAACGAUCCUGACAAUUCAACUGAAAUUCUUCAUGAAAAAAUAAAGAAAUUAAUAGCAGAUCGGUUGCGUACAGGUAUGGACAAGACCAACAUAUCGACCGGCAAUCGCGUAUCUGGUAAUGAUCUAUCAAAAGUUAUUGAAGUAUUUAGCGGUAAGUCAGCCAACUCUACUGCAAAGGGAUCCCGAUUCACUCGUUCUGAAAAGCUUCUAUUUGCGAAGGACACAGAAAAUGCAGCAUCACAAGUUGGUGCUACAAGAACUGACAUUGGCACAACAUCCAUCGAAACUCAACAACAACAACGUGAAGAAGAGGUAAACUCUUUGAAAACUCAGCUGGAAGAAUUAAGAUUUAAGAUAAAAUCUUUGGAGGAAGGAUCAAAGAAUAUUGCAAACAAUAUUUUAAAGACCGAUGAGACUAUUGAAAAUAUAAGUGGGGAAAUUACAACGCACCAAGAAAUUUAUAACAUUAAAAAGAAAACAAUCGAUUUAUUGCCAGAAGCAGAUAAAAAUAUGGCCAUUUUAAAGAAAAUGAUAGCCAACAGCUCCCAGCGAUUAAUAAAACUAACGGAGCAGUGGGAACAGCAUAGAGUACCACUUAUUGAAGAGUACAGGACAUUAAAGAGCGCACUCAUGAACAAAGAAAUGUCUGAAACACAGCAAAAAUUAGAAGACCUGAAAAUAUAUCGCAAAAAAAUGAAAGAAAUGGCUGAAGAAGCUAAAGUUAAAGACGAAGUUUACAAACAGCUGAUGAGCGAAUACAAGCGACUGAAUAAAGAUGUCAAUCGGUCUUCUUAUACACGCCGUAUCAUGGAAAUUGUCGGUAAUAUCAAAAAGCAGAAGGACGACAUCUCAAAAAUUAUUGAAGAUACAAAAUCUAUUCAAAGAGAAAUCAAUUUAUUAAAUGGGAAAUUGGAAAGAACUUUUGCCGUUACAGAUGAGCUGAUAUUUAAAAAUGCCAAAAAAGAUGGAGCAGGAAAAAUGGCAUACAAACAACUAGCAACAAUUCAUGAGAAUUUUAGCACAUUAACUACUAUAAUUGAAGAGACUGGAGUUAUUUCAAGAGAAAUAAGGGAUUUAGAAGACCAGAUUGAAGCCAUAUCUCAGGAUAAUACGGUAGCAAGUUUGGAACAAAUAACGCAAGAUUAUAAACAAAUGAAGCAUGAAAAUAACAGUAUAGAAGCCAAGCUGGGGAAACGUUAG